CUUUAUGGCCGGAACGUUUGUAAUGUACUUUGAAGCGAGGCGGACUCUUGUAGGAAGCGCACAGUCAGCGACCUUCCUCAGCAUGAUUUAAUAAUAUCAACUUUAUCUUUCAUAUAGUCUCUUUGUUGCAUGUUAUAUGUGUCAUAGUUGACAUGCUAUGAUAGAGGACUACAUGUUUAUUGGACGUGCUUAUUUCAGGUGAACAAUGGUGUCUAUAUUAAAGAACUCCAUCAGCUGCUGGCGGACGCAAGGACUACAAGGUUGUAUUCAGAGUCACAUGAGAAUCCUGUUUGCUGGAAUUAAAACCUAUGACGUUCCUCCAGACUACAGCGACGUGGUCCUGCCAGACAAACCCAAACUGAAGUUCCUCAACAAGGUUCCCAACUUCAAGAAGGCCAAGAAGGAGAAGAAGAAGCUGAGAGACAUCCAGGGUCCAGCCCAGGCAGCGAACACCUUCACCGUAGGAAGCUACGCUAUCGUGGCCCUGGGAGGCGGAUACAUCCACUGGGGUCACAUAGAGAUGAUCCGUCUGACCAUCAACCGCAAGAUGGACGUCCGCAACACCUUCGCCAAGUGGCGCAUCAACGCGCCCUACAAGCCCAUCACCCGCAAAGGCCUGGGCCAGCGCAUGGGCGGGGGCAAGGGCGCCAUCGACCACUACGUCACCCCCGUGCGCUGUGGGCGGCUGAUCGUGGAGGUGGGGGGCCGGAUAGAGCUGGGGGAGGUGGAGCCCAUCCUCGUUGAAGUGGCCAAGAAGCUGCCGUUCCCAGCCAGGGUGGUGAGCCGGGAGAGUCUGGCCGCCAUGCACGCAGCGCAGGAGGAAAAGGAGCAGAACAACCAGAACCCCUGGACCUUCCGCGAGGUCGCCCAGGGCAACAUGUUGGGCAUCAGGAAGGUUCUGAGCCCCUUGGACCUCCACAAUCACGGGCGCUUCACCGGGAAGUUCCACUUGCCUGGCCGGGUCUGACGCCCUCAUGUUUUAAUGUGUAAUGCUACGGUUGAUUAAGAGUACCACUGUGUGGAAAGUUCACGUCUCAGAAGAUUAAAUGUGUUUAUAAGA